UCCUGCCCAUAUCGAUGACAUGUUAGACAAAGAGGGCAGGAGAGCCGCGGGGAGGGACUAGCAGUUCACGCGCUCUGCCUGCACAGAAAACGCUGCACUGUGAGGUUCUAAACUCAACGCAGAGGAACUGAAACACUCUACCCGCUGCCUGGAUAGUCUACAAACUAAGAAGGAAUGCACGAGUUUCACCCUGACAGGAAGACUUUGUAAAAAUCAUUUUUGCUUUCCCAUUUUUGGAGGGCGAAGAACAGUUCAAGUACCUCUCGAGAGUAGUCUCAUUAAAGGGUUUGAAGUCUCCCACUGCGAGUCCCCUCUAGCGUCCAUCCUGAUUUCAGGAUGCUCCUGAUCUUCCUCACCCCAGCCCUGUUUGCACUGAGCGUGUUGGCUGCUCUGGAUGUCCAUGUGCCCGAGGACCCUGUGGUGGCCCGGUUUGGGAGUGACGUCACCCUCAACUGCUCCUUCUCCAGCGGCUCUGCCUUCAACCUGUCGGACCUCAGCAUCUUCUGGCAUCUGACAGACACCAAGCGGCCGGUGCACAGCUUCUCCUCGGGGCAGGACCAGGACGAGGGGGGCAGUUACAGCAACCGCACCCAGCUGUUCCUGGGGGAGCUGGGGUCUGGCAACGCCUCUCUCUUACUGCGUAGGGUCCAGAUCCAGGACGAGGGCAGCUUCACUUGCUUUGUGAGAAUCCGCGAGUACAACAGCGCCGCCCUGCUGCUGCAAGUGGCAGCCUCCUACUCCAAGCCACAGCUGACCCUGGAGCCAGACUCGAACCUGCGGCCGGGGGACGAAGUGUCAGUGAGUUGCCUGGUGUACGGGGGAUACCCACAGGCAUCUGUGCUGUGGCAGGAUGGGAAGGGCGCUAACCUGACGGAGAACGUGACCACCUCACAGGUGGCCAGCGAUGAGGGGCUGUUCAACGUGUGGAGCGUGCUGCGGGUCAUGCUGGAGCCCAACAGCACCUACAGCUGCGUGGUGAGGAACCCGGUGCUGGGAGAAGAGACCCACGCGUCGGUCACCAUCACAGGUCAGCAUAUGUCUUUCCCCCCGCUGGCGCUCUGGGUGACGGUUGGACUGGCUGUGUGCCUCCUGGGACUGCUGAUCGCCCUGGCGUACAUCUGCCGUCACAAGAUCCGUGAGAGCUGCAAAGAGGGACCCGCGGUUGAACAGGGGCAGGAAACUGAAGACGAAGAAUCUAAAACAGCGAUGCAGCCACUGAAAUCAUAAGAAAAUGAAGGUGAAAGAGAAAACAUUGAUGUCAGCAAAGUAAAAUGGCUCCCGUUGUGCGCACCUCCUAUCAGACACAGCCACACGCAACUCUUUCUGCUCAAGCAUAUGCCGCACACCUGGCUUUGCUGGAGGACAUAUUUUUAAAUUUCAAGUUACAAAAAGAAAAGAAAAAAAAGAUUUAGGCCUUAUUUGAUGUAUCCCCUAAAGCUGCUGGAAGACCUACCGUCCAGGACGCCCUGCAGUGAAGAGAAGAGGAGAGGUUUUCACCCAUUCUGUCCUCUACUGGAUUUGAAACCAAUUGCAAAACUUUGAAGAAGGGCUUCCAAAAGAUCCCCAUUCUCUUGAUGUUUGUCAUUGUGUUUGUAUUUUCUGCAUUGUUUUUUGUUUUUUCUGGUCUGCUCUCAUUUUAAAGUGUAUGGUUAUUCUAUUGUACUGACUGCUUAUGAGAUCUAAAGAAAGGGGAUUGCAUUCGUCAGAGACAGUGCCCUGGAAUCUGGGAGGGAGAGCUGCCAUGUGACAUGCACCCCAUUGCAUAACUUCCACUCUGGGUGCUGCUGUACAACCAUAACUUACAUAAAGUUGCAUGGACUAUCAUCUGGGCUGUGUAACCAGUUCAGCCAUGUCAACACAGACAACAUGCUGACCUUUGAAUGCCAAUAAACCCGAAUGAUGGAAAACAGCACCCCCUAUGGGCCACUGUACCUACCACAAUUAUUGUGAAGUGACCUUUUUACUGAUGAGGCCUUGAAGCCUUUGUAUUUGCAAAUUCUGCUUCCAAUAUACUACAGUAGCUAUUACGAUUUGUGAAUAACUUCUUCACACUGAUUCUAGUAAAGAAUACAAAGUAGAUGAGCCUGUGCACCUGUCAAACUAUUUUGUGUAAAAUCAAAAGCAAGCACAGCAUUAAAAUUCUUCCUGAUCCUAGUUCCUGAGGGUUGUGGCUACCACUGGUAAUUUUACAGUUUUAGGUGGGAGAUAAAUAAAUUACAGUUAAGAGGACAUUUCUAAAUGAAAGUACAGUUUUAAAUGGAUUUUUUUUGUUUUACUUUCAAGCUAGAUAAUCAUAGGGUUCAGACCCUCAGCAUUCUAGAAAGGUAUAAUACUGUAUACUAGGGGCACGUUUGCACUGAUACAAGCCCUACAGUCAUGACAGGCAGAUCUGAAAAGAGUAGAAUGUUCACAGUGUGCAAAGGGUAAAGGUUUUGUGAAUAGAGCCCUUAACACAUGUCCUGGUUGCUCUCAUGCAACUCUGAAAAAAAACUGAAACCAAAAUUACAGGCCAUAUUCUGCGAGCACUCCAGCUAGAACUUCAGUUGUCUUUCUAGUUUUAUUGUGUUACAAUUGUUUUAUUCCUCAGAAAAUAUGCCUUUGAGUCAGCUAGCAAUGUGAAGAAAUAUCCGAUGCCUCCAGGAACUCAAGACCACUGGGAAUCGGCCCCAUUCAGUGUUUGUGCAUCUCUUAUUUUUAGCACUCUUUGUAAGGACAUCCAAUCUAUUUUCGCAAACCCUCCUGCCACUGGUGUAUGGUGAGCAGUCCCAGAGCACGUUCCUAGAAAAUAUAGAUAGCAUUCCCACAAAUCAAACAUUUCUAUGUAACUUCCAUAUCCUCUAUCCUGCUCCUGGAUCAACAGCAGACUUGACUGUGGUCAUCGGCCAAGACAAUGCCCACUCAGAACAAACACAGGCUUGUCUGUUACAUUGUGCUCUGCUGUGAUCUGUGCAAACUGCGCCUCAUUCACUCCGAUGAAACACUUUCUACGAAUUCCAGAUUAGCAGUCUUGCCGUUUACUUUCCCUUCUGAUCUCGUUGACACUGUCACACCUGACAGCGCAUUUCAAACCACCAUCCCAAAUCAGUCUUUUUAGUCGGGUUGAAGUUUCAUUGGAUUGAAAUCAUGACAGUUAAGGAAAGGCUUCUACUUCAAAGCAGAUAGGCCAUGUCUGUUACAAAGUGUGUGGCGACUGCUUUGUGAGCAUUGAAUCAGGUUCUAGAAAGAGAAGGGGGGGGGGGGGGUUGCGGAAACUUUAAAGGGAGAUCAGGGUUGAACCAGGAUUGGAUAAAAGAACAAAACUUGUUUUAUAGAAAAUUAUGUCAAAGGAUAGGAUGCUGAGCAAUAAGAUUGCAUCUGUUUUACUGGUAAAUGAUGACGUCAGUACGAGCAGAAUCAAUCAUCUUUCUGGGGAGCCUCACUGUUAUAUGGCUUAAGGUGUAUAUAUAUAUAUAUAUAUAUAUAUGUUUAAUAUAAAAUACUAUCCAACAAUACUGUCCUACAGUAUACUGCAGUACAUACUACAGAAAACUAUAUUACUAUUGGACAAUGCUGUCUGUUCUCUAUUCUUCCUUUUUGCUGUUUCUGCUUCUGUCAUUAUAUAGCAGGCUUCCACCCUUCUGAAAGAUUGCUGUAAUGACUGGUUUUAGAAAAAUUGUAACAGCCCUCAUUGCAACUGUGGAUAUGUGAGUAAAUGCAAACUCACAGUUACAGAGGGGACAGAAAUUACAGCUAGACAUCAGAAUAGUAAGCUUGGUAAAUAAAGAUCUAUUCAAGAAGAGCAAGAGAAUGGUAAGAGAACACACAUCAUCAUUCUGGGUUUCAUAUGCUCCUCUGGACACUCGACAUCAGAUUGGAGCUACAUUCCAAUCACAUGUUUGGAGAAAGCAUGUUUCCUGGUGUAAGACAUAUUUAUGUGUUUCCAAAAACAAUUACACAUUUUGUCUGUAAACAACCAGGAGAGAUGACAUCUCCCACUGAAGGGACAGUGCUUGGGACAGCUGUUAAAAGGGAUAAUUGUACUGACAUGCACACACACCAUGUGUUUCAGUCAAUGCAAUAUCAAUGCACUGAUAUGACACACACACCAUGUCUAUUUCAGGCAAUUCAGUGACAUGCAUGCACACCGUGUCUGUUUCAGGCAAUGCAAUAUCAUUCCUGACUAUAGCAAGAAUGAUUACUCUGUUGUGUAAGCUGGGUUUACCCAGUGGAAACCUUGAUUUCUAUCAGUUGUAACCCUCUUGUUAACAUUGCCAAUUUCAAUUAAAUCUAUUUUGAAACAU